AUGACUUACAAAAAGGAAAGAGAUCCAAGAGUUAAGGCUGGACAUGAAGCAGAAGAACAGAAGCCCUUAAUUGUUAAUCAAAAACGUAUUAUUUCACGAUGGCAGAUGGGCUAUCGGCAGGGAGAUAUCUCUAACAGAGAAGGGUCCUCAAAUACAAUAAACAGCGGUUUUCCAAUGGAUCAGGAUAAUAUUGAUUUUACAGAUAGUGGUUAUUCAGAUAGUGAGGAAUAUAAUUUGGUUCCUUUACCACAGCUAAAAAAUCUUCAUUUUCUUGUUAGGAAGCUUCCUGAAGGCUUCUAUAAUGCAAAGACAUCGGCUUUUUAUCCUGACUUUAAACAAACGUUCGCAAAGUUGUUCCAGAGAUCAGGGUUUGAGGAGACAUAUAGAAGAUGGGCCUAUCAACCUUUCAAAACCCAAUUGUCAAAUAUAUAUGAUGGUAAGAUAUGGAAAUCAUUCUCUGAUGAUGAAGAGAUUCCAUUUUUCCAUCCAGAAACAGCUGAUAACAAUAUAGGAUUGAUGAUAAAUUUAGAUUGGUUUAAACCAUCUAACAUAAUAACAUUGGCUGUCAUACCUGGACCUUCGGAACCAAAGCUGAAUCAAUUGAAUCACUAUCUAGCGCCAAUUGUUAACCAGCUUAUAAAACUUUGGGAAGAGAUAGACUUAUCGGCUACAUUUGAGUCUCUAUCUGGCAAGAGAAUAAAAUGUGCUGUAAUUUGUUGUUCCAGUGAUUUACCUGCAGCAAGAAAGCUUUGUGGGCAUAUUUCGGCUAAGGUCGCAUAUUAUCGUUAUUAUAAAAGAGCCAAUUAUGACACCUGGAAUCAACCUCAUUUUGGUGGUAUUUCCGAUAUAGAUUCCUGCUACGAAAAUAGUAAUAGGAAAAUUGAACCGGAAUUCAUGAACAUAAUCCAAAGAAAUAGACACAUUGAUAGAUUAAUUAGUAACAGUAAUGAUACUUAUUUACUUGAAAGUUUGUCUAUUUUAGAUCCAAAACCUUUGGUCGGAAGCUUAAGCAUUUAUGAUAUAUCUAAUAAUGAAAUAAUAGAUUUCAUUUCUAUAUUAAGAUCAAUUGAAGAAGGAAUCGAUACUGGUACAGAGUCUGAUUCAUUUCCUGGAACCUUUCUUAUAACAAAGAAAAUGAACACCUAUGUCUUCCAUAAAUUCGUGAAGCUACUUACUGAAUACUAUAAUAAUAUAUAUAAAACUAAUAUAUUCAUUCAUUCAGUAGAUUUAGCAUCAGAUAGGUCGAUAGCUGUAUCGCCUAUUAUAAACCAAUAUGGAAGAAUUCAAAUAAGUGCUAAAGUUUUUGGUUCAACUUUUUCAAAGAGACAUGAAAAUUCUUUAAGAAUUCUUGCAAAAUUUUCAGAUAGUAAUAAUGUGACUACAUAUCCAGACCAG